GUUUGGGACUUCAUUAUAGGUAUCUGAUACCCGAUGGGAGGUAACUGCUUGGAAUAAUAUGGAAGAUCGGCCCAAAGAUGUUACUUUGAUGAUGUUGAAAAAGAUGAAGGGUAGGAACGUCAGCUGUCGCAGGCCUGAUAGAAAAUGGAGGACGCCUCCUUUUGGCCUUUCCAAGGGGGUCAAAAAUUCCCCGGCCCCUCUCGCUAGUGGUAAAGCUGCCUUUUGCUUCGGACGCGGGCGAGUUUUGCUUCUUGCCUUCUCGUUGCAGUGCGUUGUCAUCGGAAGGCUUGGCGGAGGUGGAAAGGUUAAGAAAGUAGUGACUCUUGUCCAAGAUACAUAAAAGAAGCGCCAUAUGGCAUGUCUUCAGAGUAAUGGCUUCCAAGCUAGUCCAACAAGCACACGGGCAACAGACUCAUAUAGUUUCUCAGAAGUCUCAGACCUCGGUCUGGUCUCCGUCUACGAUCUUGCCAUCCUCGCCCCAAGAAUAGGCAUGCUCGUCAGUCAGUCAAUUUCUAAAAGUAACAAGAAGCGAUGCAAGAGAGGAGAAAGCUGCAACGAAGGUUCCAAAGACAGUGAGGACCUUGGAUUUUUUGCGUCGCUUUCGAAUAUCUGGCCGUGGGGAGGAGGUGUCAAGUUCUAUUUGAUACUACUCAUCCUCUAAGAACUUCUUCUACUACUACUUUUUUUCUGUCUCUCUCUCGACUAAUGAGUUAGAUCUUAGCUUCUACAUCUACUACUAUUUGAGCGUCCUCCUCUAGUGUCAACUUCUGAACUUCUGACCAGGUGCACAAGCCGGCCCUGAGGCGAGCGCGAGCUCCACCAACAAGGCGCUGGUGAACAAUGGGACACACCCAAUGAGUCCUGCGGUGGCAGAGCAGACGGAGAAGACAGCCAUCCCACCGCCCAAGGCUCGAUCGGAGAAGACUGCCGCGGAUGACCCGACGAGUCGUGGUAUUUAUUUUCAUUGGUGGUUCCUUAUAGAUAUCUGAAACUGGUAUUGGUAAUACCUCUGAAGCAGGUGCUUGUUGUUGUGCACUCUCUCGGCUAAUGGGCUAGGUGCUAACUUCUUCCCUUAUAUAAUAAUAUGCUUCUCGCAUCUCCAUCUUCCUCUGGUGCCACCUUCUGUGCAGGUACCAGCGUCGGCCCUGAGGUGAGCGCGAGCUCCAUCAACAAGGCGCCGGUAAACAAUGGGACAUUUCCAAAGGAUUCGGCGGUGGCAGAGCAGGCGGAGAAGGCAGCCACCCCACCGCCCAAGGCUCGAACGGAGAAGACUGCCGCGGAUGACACAGCCAGUCGCGGUAUUCAUUUUCAUUGUUACUUAGGCACCUACCUCGAAAACUUAUAAUUAUCUCUGAGGUAGAUUCUUGCUGUUGUAAUCCUCAUUCCCUUCUUGAGAGAGCCUCCCCAAACUGAGAACUUUGCAUCAUCUGGCAACACCCAGACCCACACUGAUUCACCUUGACUGUCCCCCCAAGUGUGGAGAAACUCUUCUCUUUCAUUCUUGAAACCUAUCUCCUACACCAGAUACCGAGGGAAAGCCAGGGGUAGCGGCCUCGUUUUUAUUCAAAGACGAUGGGCAGAUGAUGCAGCUCUACGGAACUCCGUGUAUUAUUCUGGGUCUUUUCUUAUCGCUCAACGCAGUUCAUUUUCGUCAGCCGUUUUUCACCUGUUCCUUCUUAGGAUUCUGAGGAAAUGGCACCGCGAGGUGGACUGCUGUAUGGGUUUCUACUCGUGUUUUCCUACCUUCUAGGUGCCACUGGUGUAUUACCAUGGGCAAUUACAUAGUCCUUAGAUAGUGGAUAUUUUUUGUGAAUAGUAUUUAUAGGUGUAGCUACUUUGACCUAGUGCUAUCCUUAUCUGCGUCACCUAUAGGACCCCUUCAUCUACCUCUUUUCCAUCCUCAUCCAUGAGAUAGGGAACAAGGCUACUCUGUAGCCUUGAAGAAAAAACACGAGACAAAACUACAGGCAUUGGGUGCGAGAUUGCGACUACCUCAGCGAACGAGAACGCGCAACGGAUACGAGGCUCACAAGAGGCGCACACGCUGGCAGGUGUGUAAAUUUAUCCCUCAAAGAAGUGCUUGUAAGUUUCUUGCUCGUCUUAUUUGUGCAACAGUAUGGGGCUGACCUCAGUAAAAUUCGAAUUGAAGAAGAGACCGGCUGCGUUGCAGGUUCUUUUACCUCAUGCAAAACGCAUCUCACCAGGAAACGGCGCAGCCGCUUUGCAGAGGGCCGAGACAGCUGAAAAAGAGCUGGCCGCGAAAGAGGAGGACUUAGUGGCGAAGAGCAAGAAACUGCAACGCACGGAGGAGGAGCUUUCAGCUGAGAGAGCUGAGGCGGAAGAGCUGCGGCGGAGAAAUUAUGGACCGUUUUCAAUAAUUGAUUGGACUUGGGUCAGCCUCAGCGACGGUCUUGGGCAAAAUUAAAAGUAAACAUUGGAUGUCUCAACCUGGUAUGUGCAUCUCUAAAAAACCGAAGCACUACGAAGCAGCGAGGCCUCAGGACAGCGUGCCCCGGCAGAAGAGUCCGCAGCAGUGCAUGAGAAGCAUGGUGCACAAGUGGAGCAGCUGGAGGAGGUGGUGGCGGCCAAGGCGAAAGAACUCCAACGCGCGACAGACGAAGAGAACCGACUGAAACAAGAACUAGAAGGGAAGAGUUAUGGCUUGUGAUAGACAUUGUUCACAGGUGUUGGCGGUGCAAGUGCAACGUAUAGCCAUUUAGGCAGAGUAUUUCGUCGGCCCUUUUCUUCGCUAGGGUUGGCAGACGGUGACUAUGUAGAGUCCCACUCCCUUUGGCCAUGUCUAAUGGAGUGAAUCACCCGAAGCCAAACAGGCUGUGGCUGCCGAGUCGCUUUGCACGACGGAGAAGAGGCUCCUCGAAGAGUCUCGCGAGGAGGCGGCACACCUGCGCGCGGAGAAUUAUGGUUCGUCUUUGUACAUUAUAUUAUCGGCUUUGCUUUGGCCUUAGUGCAGGCAAUUCGUGUGCCUGGCCACAGUGUGGCGGCCAUUCAUUUUCGCGGGAAAUUGCGUCGGCGACGAAUUGGCAGUAAAUGGUAGAUGUUUUAACUUGGUAUGUGCAUCUCUAAAAAACCGAAGCACUACGAAGCAGCGAGGCUGCAGGGCAGCGUGCUCUGGCAGAAGAGUCCGCAGCAGUGCAUAAGAGGCAUGUCGCACAAGUAGAGCAGCUGGAGCAGGUGGUGGCGGCCAAGGCGAAAGAACUCCAACCCUCGACAGAAGAGGCGAGUCGACUAAGACAAGAAGUAGAGGCGAAGAGCUAUGGCUUGUGAUAGACAUUGUUCACAGGUGUUGGCGGUGCAGCGUCUAGCCAUUUCGGCAGAGUAUUAAUUUCGUCGGCCCUUUUCUUCGCUAAGGUUGGCAGACGGUGACUAUGUAGAGUAAAUGGUGGAUGUUUUAAUUUCCUCUGUGCAUCUCGAGCUCUAAAAAGCCGAAGCACUACGAAGCAGCGAGGCUGCAGGGCAGCAUACUUGGGAAGAAGAGUCCGCAGCAGUGCGGAAGAUGAAGGAUGCACAAGGACAAGUGGCGACGCUGGAGCAGGAGGUGACGGCCAAUGCGGAAGAACUCCAAUCCGCGAAAAACGAGGCGAGCCUACUAAGACAAGAACUACACGAGCAAAGUUAUGGCUCGUGAUAGGCCUUGUUUUUCUGGACUGUGUUUCUUGCCUAAUCUUCCAGCAGUCUUCGGUCUCUUUUCGCGAGGGUAGACCGAAGUAGCUGGGUAUACUACCCAUUCAGAGAGUUCCUCCUGUAAUCUAUCAGUAAAAAGUCCCUGGAUGUACAACUACUCAUGCGAGCAAGACACUGCCUCUUUUCGAAAAAUGUAGUUUUGAAACAUUGUGACUUAGAUUAUAAAUAUGUUCUCACCUCUAAAACAAAGAAGCGCAUGAAGCCAAGUCAGUGCAACUCGAGGCUACAAUCGCAUCACAAGAGGCGCAGUUGCGCAAUGAGCACGAAGACGAGGAGUGUACUAUUGCAACUAACCGCAGCUAACUGUUCACGAUUUUCUUCGUAGUUCUUUUCCAUGGAAACAAGAGGGUGAGGACGACAAGAAGCUUCAGUUACUUGCUAGAGCUGAGUUAGAGCUAGAAGAACUGCAGACAAACGAGUGCUCAACUCUACAAGAUCCGUUUUUGAGGAUAGAGACACUGUUACUCGACAGUAUAGACGUCGUGGCAAGAUUCAUUCACUCGCGUGACACUCUCACCAGGUACAAAACCGGGCAAGAAGGUAGUGAGAAAUAUAGGUGCAACGAACAAGGCUGGCGAGGGCGUAUCAACAUGCAAUUUAUUCCAGUCUACACAGUUCGUCUUUGACGGGGAACACGGGCCGACGUGGUUGCCAGAUGGUACAGUUCCAAAGACUUUCAAGCUGUCCAGAGUCCUAUUUUCUAAUUUAUUUCUUCUAUACCUAAAGUGUCUGCCUUUUUCACCUGGGUCUUGCGUCUCCCUGUUUCUAAUCAUUCUGAAGUUCUCACUCGAUUCUUUUCAUUGGUUUGCGCGACGGACUAGCAGGCACUAAGGAGAUAAAUAGGGACAAUCAAAGGAAAUCGAAGUCAGUAACUUUGGCUUGAAGUUGAACGCUUUAGGGCUCUGAUCAGUUUCUCAUUGUCGUGGCUCAUCAAAAAUUAGGUAUCCUAAUCACGACUAACAAGGGAGCGCAUAUAGACGUAAAGAGUGCUAUGAAGACGUACAGUCCAUCUCUUGCGAAACAGACCGCCUUGUCGUCCUGGUCGCUGAGGGAGGUCAACCAGCUGGCGAGUGCAAGUAAAUUUAUGGGUCAUAAUAUUUCUUUGUAUUUCAUGUGGAGCAUCCCAACUGAGUACUCCUGCAAUUUCAACAACCAAGCAACCCGCCUCCGAUGGGAAAGUGGAACAUUAAUAACAGGCUCCGUUGACAAAUAACAAGAGCCCCAGCACUUAGUCUUUUACUGAGGCCACUUCAUCCAUAUCUAAUGAAGGGAAUCAAGAUGCUUUUGCGGCCUGUGUGACGGACUUGCAGACGCUGUGGACCAAUAGCAUGAAGGAGGGCAGCAGCAUGGAGGCGCCUGUGACCGCAAGUGUGAGCGACGAGUGUAGUAACGCUUUUAUUUAAGGCUCAAAAUAUUGCUUCAUUUCCAGCGGCUCUUUUCUCCUGCUCUAUCCUUCUUGGGAUUCCGAAGAAAUGAGCUCAAGAAAUGAAAGGCCUUGGGUUCUAAAAUCAUAAUAAUGACGGACAAGGAGACUCCGGCACGCGCUUCGAAUUCAAAUAUUACGUCUUAAGGAGAAGGGUGGUAUUCCAUUAUCAUUAUCUCGCUCUCGCGUGAGGAAUGCUGAGUGGAAGAAAGGGCUUCUCCUGAUUUCACAGAGCUUUAAGAGGGAAGACGGGAAAAAUCCACUUGGGCAUCAUGGAUAAUGAAAAACUACCAAUCUCUAAGUGUGACCACGAUACUAGGUUCAUCAGAUGAAAAAUCCCUCGCCUUCGCAGCACGCGAAAACGGCUGCGGCAUCUCCGACGGACAACUGAGGAAUGAUUUCCCAGACUACAAAAUUCACUUCUUUGGCGGCACCUUCGUUAUGGCUUGCAGUACGUAGUCUCAAACUGGUUGACACUGAACCUUCGGAAUUGACAUUAUUGUCCAACAGGUGGGACGGGACCAAGGAUGUACUAGUUGUUCACCAGACAUACAGAAAUGCUCGCACGUCCGUCCCCCUUUCGUUUGGUAUAUAAAUCAUAGGCAUUGUAGUUAUCAUCCCCAUUAUCACAAGAUAAAGACCUUUGCAUCAUCUCCCUAGUUCUGUAUGAAGAAAAUACUUCUCAGGGAUGUAGUUCCCGUUUUCGGAGAUGUUUUAGAUAUCUCCACUAGUUUCGUCCUUUGUCAUGUUCGAUCUUUGCUACCCUCUAAUGAUAAUCGUGAUAUGAGGCAGCACAGCAGGACGCCGAAUUUGGACAAUUGGACUAUUGAACAUAGAAAAGCGGUGGCGGUGCUACUCAAGGAGAUCAAGGAAAGCAACAGUGGAGAUGCCAAAUUGGAGUUGGAGUUGCAGUGUAUGUGGAUUGGCUCCAGAAGAAAAUCAAAAUCCAGUUCCGGAGACGGAGUUGGCUAUCACCAUAAUGAUGAAGAUGAGAUAGAUUUAGAGAUGCUGAUGCUAGUUGUAGUUGGCAAGGACAGCGAACCUGUUGUGCGAAGUUUGUACUCAGUAUGCGACCCGAAGGUCCAAAAUUGCAUUAGAGAUGAGUAAUCUAUCAAAAUCUAUCUAGAAGUACUUCUUUCAGCAAUUUUGUAACCUAAUAUGUUUUCGACCAAUUUUGAACCGUAGCUCUUCUUCUUUGACCAAUUAUCUGUACUCUCUUAUCAUCAUGAUCGUAACACUCCAAGCAACAUGAUCUCAAACAACGAACCGAGGACAGAGUUUUCGAAUUUUUUUCUGCGAAGACAGACAGAAUACUGACGCACUAAGCAUGGCAUUUCAGAUUUGCAUAGAGACGCGCGGCGUGGAUUGUAGAGCAAGUUUUUAGGAAAGAGAGUGAUGAAGAGCAAGAUGAUAAUUAGGACAUCAUUUACAGAGGGUAGGACUAGGAGAAGUAGACAUUGGAGGUCAAUUUUUUUUUUGUACGUGUUAAUAAACAAGUAAAGGACCACUGCUGACCACAGGUAGAAGACACAAAGGCAAAGAAAGACCCAAGGAUUAUGAUGAGGGAUCGACUCUACAAAAAAGAGUCACUGGUCGUUGUUGAUGCGCCAGCUUUGUCAGAUCCGAUGAACAACUUCAGCGAAGACUUGAUGCUUUCGGAGGACAAAGCCCGUGGGCAGGUGCAAAGGUGAUUUUACUGCUGAAUUGAUGCGCUAGCCUUUCAG